AUGUUGAAGACACACGACGCGUCAGAGGAUGAGUUCGACAAUGUAGACGACGUGUCAGAUGAUGAGUAUGACGAUGUAGACGUCGCGUCAGAAGAUGAGUCCGACGAUGUUAAAAACGUGCCAGAAGAUGAGUCCUACGAUGUAGACCACGCGUCAGAACAUGAAUCCAACGAUGUGGAAGACGCUUCAGAAAAUGAGUCCAACGAUGUUGAUGACGCUUCAGAAAAUGAGUCCGAUGAUGUUGAUGACGCGCAAAAAGAUGAAUCCGACGAUGUAGAAGAGGCGUCAGAACAUGAAUCCGACCAUAUUGAAGAGGUGUCAGAAGAUGUGUCCGAUGAUGGAGAAUACGGGCCAGAAGAUGAGUCCAACGAUUGA